AACAUCACGGUUGAAAUCAUUAACAAACUAAGACGUGCUUAAAUAUCUUGAUUUCCUUCCUUGUGUUAUUUGGAUUCAUUGUCGUUUUCACCAUAAUUCACUUAACCAUAUCUCACACGACAAUCAUGUUUCCACACACUAACAUGACCUGUUAUAAACGCGCUGCUACGGAUCGGGAAAUCGCCGGAAUCGAUAAAGCAAGAAUACGAAAGCGAGAAUCGAAAAACACAGACACACGAUUUACGUGGUUCACUAACACGAUGUGUUUUAGCUACGUCCACGGGCGAGAGAGAGCCAAUUUCACUAUAUCGAGAGAGCCAAUUUCACAACAACGAGACCCCCGAUUACCAGUCGUAGCGGCUGAUAGUCCAAUUCAAGUCACAUCAACAUGACCUUUUAUCUUGUUUCCUCCCUUUAGGCGAAUCUGUUGCCUUUUCCCAUCAAUCUCACAUCCCCUGCUUCACAAAUCACAAUAGCUAUGAGGAAAAGGUUAAACUCAUAAUAAUGGCCCAACUUUUUUGCAACUUUUUUGCAACUUCAUCCUGGAAUUGAAAAGGACAUAUCACCAAUGGGUAUUAUUAUUGAAGUGUUUUCUCUUGGAUUCCACCGAUUGCGAACAUUAGUCGGAAUGAUGAUUGAUUUUCCCGACUCUCUGUUUUUGGCUGGACUGGACCAUAAUUAUCACCGCAAUCCUUAGCUAUAAUAAUUAUUAUCAGGAGGACCACUGGCUGGCUGCUGUUCAUAUUAAAGCACUGCACUAUCAGGCAGAUGCAAGCAUUUACGUGUCGCUCUGCAGGUGCAAGCUAGAAGAAAGCUGGAUUUGAUCAUAUAGGAAGGAAGGCAAAGAUGCACCAUUCUAUGAAAUAUCUGAAUGGGAUACUAGUAAGUAAAUCAAAUUACAAAGGCCGAAGUGUUGGAUUAGGCAUAAAUUUGCGUAUAGAGAUGAACCAAUUUGGUUGGCGUCUUUAGUCGUUAGAGGGGUUUCUGUAAUAACGUUAUUACAUUGUUAAAAAUGACGCAUUUCAUAAUUUGUAAUGAUUAAAUGAACUUGAUUUUGUUGACUUAACUUGAUCACAAUCCAUAGGGCCAUUGCGCUAAACAUCGGCUGCAAUCUUUUAUAUUGGGCCUUAGCCCCCUACUUCGGCCUGACAUGUAUUGUCCUUUAUUCGGCCCACUUCAUGGACUUCGAAUGGGCCAGAUAUGGAGCGAGGUAAAAGGGAAUGGUGGCAGCCUGGGCCCCGGCCGGGGUUACAACUAGGGGUGGCUAUACGGUCCGGUCCGGUUAAAUUAGCCCAAAUUGAUCCGGUCUAGUCCGGUCUUUUUGAAAAUAUAAGGACCGAAGAUUGGAUUGGAUACAGUCCGGUCUUGAUCCGGUCCGGUUUUGAUCCGGUCCGGUCCCAAUUCGGUCUUGAUUUUACAUUGAGAUUGUGGGAUUUGAGUGGCCUAAGGCCUUAAAGGGUGAGGAGUUGGUUAAGUUUUGUACUAAGUGCAAAGAUUUGUGAUCGUUUAUGCAAAUUACCCUUAAGUUUUGGGUGUUGAGCUCUCUUAUCCGGUUUUUUACCUCAAAUCUAAGCCCAAAGAUUGGAUUGGAUUGUUUACUAUCCGGUCUCGGUCCGGGUUAUACGGUCCGGUUUCCGGUUUUUAAUCCGGUCCCGGUCCAAAUAGCCACCCCUAGUUACAACGUCCGUGGGAGUUUUGAUGUUAAAGCUAGCUCGGUGGUCAGCAUGAGCGGAGUCGAGACUUGAUUUGUUCGAAUCAACUCAUGAAUUCAAAUUUUGACAGAUCAUCAAGAUCAUGAGUUUGACUCGAUCUCCACUAAUUUAUUCUAAAUAGUUCAACUUUUAACGUGACCGGUCAUUUCAAAACCGGGAGCAACCGUGGAUCAGUGACGAUUCAUUCCGUUAAGUGACUGAAUUUUGGAAUUGAGGACUGCUUGCAGCAUCUUUGUGGUACGGCAAAACAUGGUUAUGUACAAGGUUACUUUUAGAUAACUUAGUUGUGUCAUGUGAUCAAAUAAUUAAGUUCUCCCACAUGUGGAAGAAAAGAUACGGCAGACAUGCGCAGUGGUUUCAUGAGAUGGAAUUCUAGCACACAAUACCGGUCCAUAAAGAGAGCUUUAUCAUACUAGAACUCAUAAGUUUGACUGGCCAAAACAGUCACAAGGUUGGACGCCUAUAUCACCUUCUCAAUUUGUUUUUUUUUUUUUCAAGUCAGAAUACAUAAUAUAGGGUAAAAAGGUUCCAAAAGAAUGGUUUUGACUGUUUUGCACAUGGUCCUUUUUCCUUUCUGUCUCUAGAGACUGCUCUCUUUGUCUACAUCCUAUUCAAAUGAAUACAAACAUCUUCUAUUUUAGCUCUUUACUGAAAAGUAAACAUCUACACGACCAUACUCUUAGCUAUGUUUGAUACGAUCGUAUCAAUUCUCACAAUUCUAUCAUUUUGAGACAAAUUCAUGACAAUCACUAGGAAUAAAGGUUAAACUUAGUUCUAUCAUAGACCACCCGAUCAUUCAUAUAUGAGAGUAGGGAUAAGCUCGAAGGUUUUUGUUGUGAUCCUGUCAAGUAUCAGUUGUUUCUAAUAACUCGAGUUGAUACCAGGUCCCUAAUCAACUGAUCUCAAUAACUCGAGUUUUUGGGACCAAUUGAUUCUUGACAUGUUAUCAGAUCAUUCUGUAAUCGAGAUGUCUUAUGUUAGAAUCCCGACUACCUACAUUUGUUAAGCAAAUGGUAUUUGACAUGUGCAAACUUCAAACUCAUACGAGUCUCUUCCGAUAACUCAAAUUAGUGGGACCAACUAAGGAAAGUGUGUGAAAGACCGGAGAGUGCACAAAUAACCAAGAAAGGAACACGAUGGCGAUGCUGGAAAUGAUGGUAGGCCAGGUAGCUAGAAUGAGCCAUUGAUUUCUUGAGCAAGAUAUCAACAACCCAGACAAAGUCAAUUAUAUAUAAAAAAAAAAUUGAAAACGCCAGAAACAUUCAUUCUGAAGAAACCCACCUGAUGUAACACUCUGCGUACAGAACUUGAUUUUUUGCCAGUGGGUGCAACCAAUUACUCCCUUUACAAGUUUGCUGCUAGCUGCAUGCAAAAUAUGACCAAUUAUUUUCCCCACUCUUCCCACACAGAAAUCAAAACCUAAUCCGCCAACCCUGACGCCCUUUCUUCUUCCACUCUUGCUAUAUAAAUGGAAUCUCCCUCAAAACUCAACACAGCCAAAAACCCACGUACGAAAUCAUCAGUAGGAUCAUCACCAUGGCGGAUGCGAUCCUAGUUGCUGGACAUGGCCGCGGUUUGCUUCUCUCAUCGACAUCCAGUCUUGUGCUGAUGCUGAUGCUUGUUGCUGCUUCAUCCAUUUCGCUAGCGAGUGCAAAGACUCACUAUCAUGAUUUUGUGAUUCAACCAACAAGAGUGAAGAGGCUGUGCAAGACCCACAACGCAAUCACGGUUAAUGGGAUGUUUCCUGGACCGACGUUGGAAGUGAACAAUGGCGACACCCUCGUUGUUAACGUUGUCAACCAAAUCAAAUACAACAUUACCAUCCAUUGGCAUGGAGUUAGACAAAUGAGGACAGCAUGGGCAGAUGGUCCAGAAUUCGUAACGCAAUGCCCCGUUAAACCUGGAAGCAGCUACACGUAUAAAUUCACCAUUGAGGGCCAAGAAGGGACCUUGUGGUGGCAUGCUCACAGUACAUGGCUUAGGGCAACUGUCUAUGGUGCCAUACUCAUAUACCCUAAGGAAGGGUCUUCCUACCCUUUCCCUAAACCAAGGAGGGAGACACCAAUUCUUCUUGGGGAAUGGUGGGAUGCGAAUCCUAUUGACGUGUUGAGGGAGGCAAUUAGAACCGGUGGAGCUCCAAAUAUUUCGGAUGCGUAUACCAUUAAUGGUCAACCUGGUGAUCUCUAUAAUUGCUCCAGUAAAGAAACUGCAAUCAUCACAAUUGACGCCGGCGAGACGAACCUCCUCCGCGUAAUCAACGCCGCGCUCAACCAACCGCUCUUCUUCACAAUCGCCAACCACCCUUUCACGGUGGUCGGAGCAGACGCUUCCUACGUCAAGCCGUUCACCACCACCGUCAUCAUGCUCGGCCCGGGCCAAACCACCGACGUCCUGAUCGCCGGCAACCAAAUCCCGUCCCGGUACUACAUCGCCGCCACCGCCUACCAGAGCGCCCAAAACGCCGCCUUCGAUAACACCACCGCCACCGCCAUCCUCGAAUACAAAACCGCCCCCUGCCCGGCAAAGAAACAGAGCAACCCGAUCAUGCCAAUCUUGCCGGCGUUCAACGACACCGCCGCUGUCACCGCCUUCUCCGCCAGCUUCCGGAGCCUGAAGGAGGUCAACAUACCGAAGGAAAUCGACGAGGACCUGUUCGUCACCGUCGGAUUGGGCCUCGACGACUGUCCCCCUGAAUUCGGGUCGGAUCGGUGUCAGGGCCCGAACGGGACCCGAUUCACUUCGAGCAUGAACAACGUGUCGUUCGUCCUCCCACAAACGACUUCGUUGCUGCAAGCUUACCAGACCGACACUCCGGGGGUUUUCACGACCGAUUUUCCGGACCGACCGCCGGUCCGGUUCGAUUACACGGGGAAUGUGGACCGGUCGCUCUGGCAGCCGAUUCAGGGGACGAAAGUUUAUAGAUUGGAGUAUGGGUCUAGAGUACAAGUUGUGUUGCAGGAUACAAGCAUUGUGACGGCGGAGAAUCACCCGAUUCAUCUCCAUGGGUACGAUUUCUACAUUUUGGCUGAAGGGUUUGGGAAUUUUGAUCCGGAUGUUGAUACCGGGAAGUUCAAUUUGGUUGAUCCGCCGUUGAGGAACACCGCCGCCGUGCCGGCCGGCGGGUGGGCGGUGAUCCGAUUUGUGGCGGAUAAUCCUGGGAUGUGGAUAAUGCAUUGUCAUUUGGAUGUUCAUAUUUCGUGGGGAUUGGCGAUGGCGUUCUUGGUGGAGGAUGGGAACGAGGUGAUGCAGACACUUGAGGCGCCUCCACUUGAUCUCCCAGUAUGUUGAGAACUAAGACUUUCAAUGAAGUAAUUAAAUGGGUGAUGGAUCCCUGAACUUGGCUAUUAAUUAACUAGUAAUGCUAUUUUCAUUAUUUUUUGUUCGUACAUGUGGUUAAUCGUUCUUUUGAUAACGAUGAUGGUUGGUUCUCAAGUUUGGAGAAUGAGUGAGGAAUUAUCAAAACGUUUAUAUUUGUUGUUUAAAACGAGCAGGUGUAUAAAGAACGAGAGAGAAGUAUUAGUGUUUGUUUAUACAUAAUAGUUACCAAGCCGAUUGAGAAUUGAGUAUCAACAUGUGUUGGUAUCGUUCUCAAUGAAACGAUCUUGAUAUACAAACAUUAAUGAUAUUAUUCACAAAAAUGUUUAGAGAUUAUCCGGUGAUGAAUUUUUUUGCAUUGACAUAAGCAUAUACCACAAACUAUGGUGGAGGUACUCCAAGAAAAGGUUAUUAAUCUUGACAUCUUAAAGCCCGAUAUUAUCUUUCAUAAUCUAAAAGAGGAGCUAUCUAACACACAGUCAAUGGAGAGAAGAAGAAGCACAAAUAAGAGUUUAGUGGAUGUUAAAAUCUACUCCUUCAGCUAGCUAGCAGAUAACACAAUCCAAUACGUUACGAAGAAGAAGAAGAAGAAGCAAUGAAGUAAGAAAGCAAGUAAUAGCUAGCUAGUCAGUGGAGGUACAACUAUCUCUCUAGUGAUUAAACUUGGAAGACUGGAACAAUGAUGCACGAAGCUCAAAAAGUGGUGUUACAGAUAAAUUUGUUCAUCCACCUAAAGCUUGUUGUAGCAAGAGGAGCAAAAGUAUCAGUAUAACCCUGCCUAGCUUGAUUAUUUUGAUCAUGCAACCACUCGCAGAUGGACUCCUUUGGAGUUCACUAUUGGUGAAUAUAUAACAAUCACAUUCUUCUGACGAUCUUCCAACUCCUCAAAAAGUUGGAUGUUUUUAACUAAUUAGUUUCAAUUUUAUUACAACAGAUACGUUAGUUUGUAGCAUUCAAAUUUAAGAAUUCUGCAAUACGAGUUUUAUUAGUCUUUUGUUUUAAACUUAUCAAGUUACCGUCUUGUAAUAAAUAUGUAAUAAGUGG